CUCUCAAACCCGACGAGAGUACCCUUGCCUAGGAGAGAACGGGGCAAAGCGUGCUCAAGUCGAGCGUCCUCCGCCUGCCCGCACCGGAGGUGACUUGACUUCUGCGAACACUCGAUUCGGCAGAGUAGUGUGUGCUCGUUGCAUGAACUGUGUCCCGGUGUAAGGUGUCGCAAGAGCAGGGGAACCGUGGCUGAGCAUUCCCGGACUGCUAUCGUAGGCCCAGUGGUUUUGAGCGCUCAAACUGUUGUUUCGGUUCGCUUUGAGGUGAUCCACAGGCAAGACCGAGCGUCGUCCUUGCGAGAUUUUACCUAGCCACCGUGUCCGCGCACAGUGUCCCUCUUCAUUGCAUAGGCAAGCUCUCGAGCCGCGAUAUGCUCGUAGCGACCUUGCUGUCGACGCUGGUGAUCGUGGCCCUCGUCAACUACUUCUGCCGCAAGCUGCAGAGCAAGCAGGAAGGCGCCGAGUCCCGCGACGACCAAGGUGCGUGGGCCACCGUAGCGCGCAGCCGCUCGUCGCCGCUGAAGCCCACGACGACGACGUACACCGUAACCUCGGCGCUCUGUUCUGUUCCCGAGGAGGUCAAGGCCUGGAUGGCGGCACCUAGGAUGGCGACGGGCGACGUGGCGCCCUUCGAGCCGGCGCCGCCGCCGCCCCGGGUGCCGGACCGCGCCGCCGGCCCGGGCUUCGACAAGGACGAGGACAAGCGGGACCCGGAGGUGCUGAGCCAGGGAGAAGGACUCCAGCAGCAGCCGCCGCACCGAGGCCUACCACCCACUCCGGCUGGGGCCUCCCUGCCAAAAUUCGCCUUCGAUUCGCACGUGGCGUCUCUGGACACCGGGACGCGCAAGUGGCUCGUGCAGAAGGUGGUGGGCCUGCAGGCGAUGGCCAAGGGAAUGCUGCUCCGACGCUCGCUGUCCGAGGCGACGCGGCGACGUCACGCGGCCGCCACGCGCAUCCAGGCCUGGUGGCGCCACCUGCAGUCCCGCCGCGUGGACGCCACUGGAGACGCGUUCUUCAGCAAGUACGAGUCGAUGUUGGACGCGCCCAUCUACCGCGUCUACCAGUCCGAGGAGAGCGAGGUCACGUGGUCCGCCGACGAAACUGACAUGCUGCUAGAACACAGCGACGACUCCGGCGCCGAGAGCGAGAUGACGCUCCACCCGUCGCCGGAGCAACGGACGGAGGAGAGUCGCCUCAUGUUCGGCGACUUGAUGGGCGUCACGGGACAGAGCUCGCCGCUCAAGUUCGCCGACCUCAUGGAAACGAUGAAGGAGCCCCAAGGUUUCGUCAAGAUCGCCGAGGGGACCCACUGCGACCUGUUCCGAGUGCACUCGAGGGAGGGCACGAGCGUGCUCAAGGUGGUCAACCUCGAGUUCAUCGUCAAGUACUGGGACACCCUGUACGCGGAGGCGGUCAUCAGCUUGGAACUGGCGAAGUUGCGAAAGUCGGGUGACUACCAUGCGGCAGGUUUCUCCGACACGAAACGGAUAUUCUGCGUCCUGGAUCGGUAUCCUCGAGAGUUGAUCCAGGCCUGGAAGGACUACACGUCCUGGAAGCGGACAGACCAUCAGCAUGGACCCGACACCCUAGACACAGCGCAACCAUACCUGGUCUUUCGCUUCGCUUACGCUGGCGUCCCUCUGACUCAAGCUAAGCUGGACAACGCGUUGCAGCUUCGCAGCAUCCUGCAGCAGGUGGCGCUGUCGCUGGCCGUGGCCGAAGGCGCGCUGCAGUUCGAACACCGCGACCUGGGUCUGAACCACGUGCUCGUGGACGAGACGAGCUUCCAGCUGUACCAGUUCUGCAUGGGCGGCAAGAGCGUCUUCAUCAACAGUUGGGGCGUGCGGGCGACCAUCAUCGACUUCGCCGCCGCGCGCGUCCGGAAUGCCAACACCGGCCACAUCGUGUUCUCAAACCUUAACCACGCUCACCCAUGCGAGUCCAGGCAUUCGAAUGUGUACUCCAUCUACAAGGAGAUUGGAACCAUCACAAAGGGCAACUGGGCCGGCUACUACCCGAGGACGAACGUGGCCUGUCUGGCGCAUCUCACGAACCAGCUGUACCAGGCCUACCAGGGCAAGUUCGCGCGUCUCGGCGACCGCAAGGAGGCAGAGGCCUGGAACGAGAUUCACACGUGGCGGCUCACGCUGCCCGAGUACCGAUCAGUGUCCGACUUCGUCGCUGCUAAGUUUUGAAAUUGAGAAGCGAGACGAGCUUCUCUUUUUUACGUUAACGGUGUCUUCUGUUUUUUUUUCCCUGCUUUUCUUCUCUCUCUCAAAUAAAUCUUUCUUUGCCUCGGGGCCCUCCAA